AUGCAGAGCAUCAACGUCGCCACUAAGGAACGAGCGGAGGCGGUUCGAAUCUACGAUAUCUGGAAGCGUUGCGAAUCUUGGGUUGCCCAAGGGAACAAGAUACACGUGGAUGACCAGCCUAAUUGGGAUCGUGACGCUGAAGACGUCAAGUCAGCUGUGGACAACGAAGAAGCUAAACUGCGAUCUCUUCCCUCGGAACGCCUCAAGCUUCAAGAUGCGCUUCAAAAGAACGAGGCCAAUUUGAAGAAGUUCGUGAUGCAUAACAUGCAGAGCUCUUUCGUCUUUGAGCAAGGGGGAUCUUACUUCCAAGUCAGCCUGGGUGCGUCAAAACUUCGGCAGCCGAAGCACAAAAACCUGGAUUACCUGGGCAUUGAACUCCGCAACAUUGUCACGGACGAGGAUACCGUUCGCUCGCUUAAGUUCAAAGAUGUUUCCACCUUCAUCAGAACUUACACCGAAGCGGCGGGCCACAUGCACAGCGACUACCACAACCUCACCCGCAUCAAGUUGGAAUUGAUGAACAACCCGCGAAUGUCGAGAUACGCCUGCUUGAACUUCAUCAAAUCCAUCUGUGAUUUGAGCUUGCAAACCGACAUGGUGGCGCUGGUCAAUCGCCUUAUCCUCGAUCCAGAGGCGAAGAAGGAUCUGAGCAACAGCGUCGACCCUGCUACUUCAAACGAGCAGCUCGUCAACCAGAAGAGGGCUCCCUUCAUGACGAAGAAAAACUACCAGGAGACCCUCACCAAAUACGCGUCAGAAAUGACCGCCGAGCAGAAGAAAGAGUACGGCUACAUUGAGCCGAAACGUCAGCGAUCUCGUCAGCGUCAGCGCAACCGAAAUGGCCGAGGUCGUGGUGGAGCUCGCAGUCACUGGGGUGGCGGAUCAUGA